AUGUACCGCAAAGCUAUCUCCCCAACCUGUACACUAGCAGAGCGAUCAAACGAAAAAUCAGAGACCCUGAACAUCCCACAGGUAAACGUUACCAUAGGACAAUCAAAUUACAACACCAUCAAACAAAUAAACGGAGUCAACAUAACCACACUCAAUACUCUAACACCCACCGAAAAAGAAUCCGUUUUCUCGAAGCAUGCAAACUCAAAUACCCCACCACAAACACAUAUACACAGAUGGAUCAAAACCAGACAAGGAACGGGAAGCGGAAUAUACUCGAGUGACCAUGAAAUUAGCAUCAAUCUUCCUAAACAUUUAUCCAUCUUCAGCGCGGAAGCAUACGCAAUAAAUAAAGCAAUUGACCUCAACCCCACUGAAUUGACGGUCAUAUUCAGCGAUUCUCAAAGUGUCCUCGCGGCAGUUAAAGGGCACAACUCUAACCACCCAUGGAUAGAAGAUAUCAAAAACAAAGUAAAACAAAACCCUGGCCGCUUAGACCUGUGCUGGGUACCAGCUCAUAUCAACAUAACUGGCAACGAAAAAGCCGACAAACUAGCGAAACUUGCCACAGCAGCACAGACAUCCACCAAUAUCGAAACACCAUACGACGAUUUCAAAAAGCUAGUUAAACUCCAUACAAGACUAACAUGGGAGAAUGUCUGGCACAAUAACCGCGGACACUUGAGAGAAAUAAAAUAUGAUACAAGCGAAUGGUCAACAUCCUUCUCGAUGAACAGAGAAGAAAGCAAAGCUAUUACCCGACUCAGAAUCGGUCACACUAGAAUUACACAUGGACAUUACGCCCGCAAGGAAGCCGCACCCACCUGCUCAGCAUGUGGCUCCCCAAUUACAGUGAAGCACAUCAUUCUGGAAUGCACCAAAUUCACCAAACACCGUAUCGAAGAAAAUAUCGCCAAGUCACUCUACCUGGCCCUAGGAAACGAUAUCAAUGAACUUAGAAAAACAGCAUCAUACCUCACGAAAACGAAUUUGAUCCACGAAAUUUAA